GCUAACCAUAGGAAGAAAAAUAGUACACAAAAACAUUUUAAAUAGAUUUGAAUCACUCCACCCCACCCCUUCACUCCCUCUAUAUAAUGCAAUUAUUCCAUCCCCUACUUCAUCAAACCAACUUCUAAUUCCUCAACUUUCACCUCUUAAUUUCUACAGCCACCAUGCUUCCUUCACCAACCUCCGUCGUGUCGCCGCAUUCAAUAUUUCACCAUCCACCACCUCCUCUUGUUACCCUUGUUGUUUUCCUUGUUUUGUUAAUACUUGUACAUAAACUCAAGCGGAGGAACCACCAUACCACACCACCCUUAAAACCUCGGCUGCCACCGGGUUCAAUGGGUUGGCCUUACAUAGGUGAAACUCUCAAGCUCUACACUCAAAACCCAAAUUCCUUCUUCUCCAACCGAGAAAAAAGGUAUGGGGAAAUAUUUAAGACGCACAUAUUGGGAUGCCCAUGUGUAAUGAUAUCAAGUCCUAAGUUAGCAAAGAUUGUGUUGGUGAGUCAGUCACAUAUGUUCAAACCAACAUAUCCUCCAAGCAAGGAGAAGAUGAUAGGACCGGAAGCUGUUUUCUUUCACCAAGGUCCUUACCAUUCCCAUCUCAAGAAGCUCAUCCAGUCUUCCUUUCUUCCGUCCGCGAUCAAAGGUUCGGUUUCCCAGAUCGAAGACGUCGUACUCCGGUUUCUUCUCACUUGGGAACAUAGAAUCACCAUCAACACUUUACAUGAGAUGAAAAAGUACGCUUUUGAAGUAGCAAUGUUAUCUGUUUUCGGGAACAAGUUAGAGUCGGAGAUUGAAGGUAUAAGAGAUCUGUAUCAAUGUCUAGAAAAAGGGUACAACUCAAUGCCUUUGGAUCUUCCUGGCACUCCCUUCAAUAAAGCAAUGAAGGCAAGAAAGGGUCUAAACGAAAAACUAAGGAGGGUAAUAGAGAAAAGAAAGGAGAUGAGUGGGGGUGAAGGAUUGUUAGGGGCAUUGUUGUCCAAUGAAGCAGAAGGAAAGAUGAAAUUGAGUGAAUCACAGAUAGCUGAUAACAUAAUUGGGGUCAUAUUUGCAGCCCAUGAUACAACUGCAAGUGUUCUAACAUGGCUCCUUAAAUAUUUGCAUGACAAUCCUCAUCUCCUCCAUGCUGUCAGGAGAGAACAAGAAGAAAUAAGGUGCAAAAGACUUGAAGCCAACCGUAGAAUUACGUGGGAUGAUACUAGACAGAUGCCAUUAUCUACUCGGGUAAUACAAGAAACACUGAGGGCAGCGAGUAUACUAUCGUUUACAUAUAGAGAAGCAGUAGAAGACGUAGAAAUGGAAGGCUAUUUGAUACCCAAGGGUUGGAAGGUCCUUCCACUCUUUAGAAGCAUCCAUUACUCUUCUCACUUCUUCCCUCACCCCCACAAGUUCGACCCGUCAAGAUUCGAGGUUGCGCCUCGUCCUAACACGUAUAUGCCGUUUGGGAAGGGUGCCCACUCGUGUCCAGGAAGUGAGCUGGCUAAGCUCGAGAUGCUUGUCUUCCUUCAUCACCUCACCACCACUUUCAAAUGGGAAGUGAUAGGAGAAGACGGGGUACAAUACGGGCCGUUUCCUGUACCCAGAGAUGGUUUACCCAUCAAAGUUUAUUCUGCUAACAAGUAAUAACAAUGUUGAAGAUUAAGGUGCUGGUUUCGGGGGUCAAAAGAUGCACCCUGUUAUGUUACGCUUGGUGUUUAUUGAUGGUAGCACAAAUCUCUUGUAUAAAAAGUGUAAUUAUGAAGAAUAAAUGGAAAUAGUCAGAGAAUUAUCUGGGGUCCAUUGUGUUCACUAUGAUACGGCCAGUGUUAAUGUAGCAUGUGAUUUGUGAAUUAUGAGCUGAUCCAAAACAAACACGUAAAAGCUCCUUUUGGGAUUCGAUAUCUAGUAUCUUAUUAUCGAUCACUUUUGUUUACAGGAACAAAAAAGAUUAUAGAGAGGGACUGAAGCAAUUUUAUGAAUUGUUCUCAUGCAUAAACAAA